AUGAAGAUUGAGCCCAAGGUCCAGUGGACCUUCUGUAAACGCUUUGAAGUGAUCCAGAGAUGGUGUUUCCGGGACAGACGACGCCACGUCCACCUGCUCACGCGUACGCGGUGCCCGCGGGAGGCGGUGACGACCGCGGCUCUGCCCCCGACGUUCUCCUUCAGCGCCGGGCUCGUGCUCACAAACCAGAGAAAACCCCACGUGGGGCGGGGGAUGCGCCAGUGGCCACGGGCGCCCGGAGGUGCCAUUUAUGCCGUGGUACAAAGCCGUCCCACGCUGGACAGGCGUGAGGUGGGCCGCCUGCAGUGGGACCGUCCGCGCAGGGCCGGCGUGGGGGCAGCCGGACCACUGGAGGGCACCGUGGGCUCCGUGAUGCCGCGUCGGGAUCCGCAGACGCUGGCUUGGAGACCGCGGGCCGUCGACCUCCCUGCUGGCCCCUGGCUCAGAGUCCUCGGGCCCCUGCGAUGUCUCUGGCCGCCGUCAGUUGCGAUCAGCGGUGGCCUCAGGCCAACGUCCGUCUCCCGCUGCUCUGCUCUGCAGAAACGCCUCUUUACGUUUGUCUGGCUUCUUUUUCUUUCCUCCCCCAAGUUUUUGCGAGUGGAUCAAGACAAGGACAAGGACUGCCAGCUGGCGUGUGCGGGUUCCUCACAGAAGCCACUGUGCGCGUCUGACGGCCGGACCUUCCUGUCCCGCUGCGAGUUCCAGCGUGCCAAGUGCAAGGACCCUCAGCUGGAGAUCGCUUACCGGGGCAACUGCAGAGACGUGUCCAGGUGCGUGGCCGAGAGGAAGUACACCCAGGAGCAGGCCCGGAAGGAGCUGCAGCAGGUGUUUAUUCCGGAAUGCAACGACGACGGCACCUACAGCCAGGUGCAGUGUCACAGCUACACGGGAUACUGCUGGUGCGUCACGCCCAACGGGAGGCCCGUCAGUGGCACGGCCGUGGCCCACAAGACGCCCCGGUGCCCCGGUUCCAUAAAUGAAAAGUUACCCCAACGGGAAGGCACAGGAAAAACAGAUGAUGCCUCGGCCCCAGCGCUGGAGACUCAGCCUCAAGGAGACGAAGAAGAUAUCGCGUCCCGUUACCCCACGCUUUGGACUGAGCAAGUUAAAAGUCGGCAGAACAAAACCAAUAAGAAUUCAGUGUCCUCCUGCGACCAGGAGCAGCAGUCGGCCCUGGAAGAGGCCAGGCAGCCCAAGAACGACAACGUGGUGAUUCCGGAGUGCGCUCACGGUGGGCUCUACAAACCGGUGCAGUGCCACCCGUCCACCGGCUACUGCUGGUGCGUCCUCGUGGACACCGGACGCCCCAUCCCCGGCACGUCCACCAGGUACGAGCAGCCAAACUGUGACAACACGGCCCGGGCUCACCCGACCCGAACAAGGGACUUGUACAAGGACCGUCCGCUGCAAGGUUGUCCGGGUGCCAAAAAGAAUGAGUUUCUGACGAGCAUUCUGGACGCGCUGUCCACGGACAUGGUGCAUGCCGUGUCCGACCCCUCCUCCGGCAGGCUUUCCGAACCCGACCCCAGCCACACGCUAGAGGAGAGAGUGGUCCACUGGUAUUUCAAACUACUUGAUAAGAACUCCAGUGGGGACAUUGGCAAAAAGGAGAUCAAGCCCUUCAAGAGGUUCCUUCGGAAAAAGUCAAAACCCAAAAAGUGCGUGAAGAAGUUUGUCGAGUACUGCGACGUGAAUAAUGACAAGUCCAUCUCGGUGCCGGAGCUGAUGGGCUGCCUGGGGGUGACGAAAGAAGAAGCCCCCAGAGUUAAUGCUGAAAGCACUUCUAAUAGACAGCCAAGAAAGCAAGGGUAGCGGCUCACACAUCCAAGGCGGUUCCUGGACACGUGGGAGACUCCCUCACCAAAAAGCAAUUAAAAAAACCCAAAAACACA